AUGGCCAAGAACAGGAUCAUCCUAAAGCUCACAACAAUUAUCUUUCUGUUCAUCUCUUUAGCCCUAUGUAGUUCACAAUUUGUUUCUUCAACUGAUUCAGAUAAUGACAUGAAUGAAGAUGAAGAGGAAGAUUAUGUUCUUGACAACCCAUUAACCCAUUUAGGAACAAGAAGCAGGUUCUUGGCAAGUGUCAUAAUAAAGAAAGGUGCACGCUGUGAUCUAAAUACUAAAAAUAUAUGCAAUGGGGUUCCAGCAAAGAAGGGAACACAGCUUCUUUUCUGCUGCAAGAACCAUUGUAGAAAUGUUCUUAGUGACAAGAACAAUUGCAUGACGUGUGGAAAAAAGUGCAAGGAAGGAGAGCGAUGUUGUAAUGGAGUUUGUACCAAUGUCUCAUCCAAUGUCCAUCAUUGUGGCAAAUGCAACAAAAAGUGUUCGCAUGGGGUUUUAUGUGAGAAUCGAAUUUGUGGGUAUGCAUGA